AUGGCGCGCGGACAUAAACGGAAAAAAAGUGCCACGCCCCAUAUUUUUAUAAUGGACGACUACUCAAAGGAAGACCUGUUAUUUGUUGAAGUGCCACCUCAAGCAAUAGCUAUUGAGUGUCCAAUAUGUCUACAAAUAAUGAAUAAAGAAACUUCUUUAACCUCCUGUGGACAUCACUUCUGUACUUCGUGUAUUGAGAGAGUAAAAGAGGGGCAUGGAUCCUGUCCAAAAUGUAGAUGUUCAUCAUUUCAAACCUUUCCCGAUGCUGACAGGCUCAGGUUUAUUAAUGGGUUAACAAUUUAUUGUACUAAUAAGAAAGAAGGCUGUGCUUGGAAAGGAGAGCUGAAACAUCUAUCAAAACAUAUCAAUAUAAUGGGGAGACAUGGAGAGUGUCAGUUUCAACUUGCUACAUGCUGUCACCAGAGAUGCAAUAUCAGUAUGAAGAGGGUUGAUCUCAGUAAUCAUGAGAAAAAUGCAUGCCUUGAAAGACACUAUUGCUGUGAGUAUUGCAAUCUUCCAAGCACUUACAAGGAAAUAACAAGUAGUCAUUAUGAUGUCUGCCCAUGGUAUCCUGUCCCCUGCCCUAAUAAAUGCGAUCUACAAAAGAUAACUACAACUCGUGAAUAUGUAGAUCAUCAUUUAAAGAAUGACUGCCCUCUUCAAGCAGUUGAAUGUGAGUUUAGUUGGGCUGGUUGUACAGUAAGGCCUCUUCGUAGUAAUGCAAAAGAGCAUAUCAAUGAUGAUCUAGCAAAACACCUAACUCUACUAGCCAAAGAUUGUAAAGAAUCAAAGAAACAAAACAAACAAUUAAAGGAAGAAAAUCAAGAAUUAAAAGAAAACAUUUCAGAAUUAAGAAAGACCCUUUAUAGAAAUGGAAUAAAAUAA